UAGGAUUUUAUACCUAUUUAUAAAUGAAAACAACCCUGGGUACUUUAACUUGACCGUUGUUCCGAAGCAAAUGGAACGAAUACACGAAAAGAUUUAGAUUGAAAUUUUAAGAAGUUGGAUUUCAAAAUAUAAUUUGAACCCUUACCUAAAGUGGAUAGAGAGGUUAACUGGUUCACGCUCGACUGGAUACUAAGUGUUGAAGGAUUGUUUAAAAUGUAAUCCUUUAUUUACAUGACAUCAAUAUAUAUAUAAAUUAUUUGGUUGUGUAUUGGAUGUGCAUGUUUACCUAAAAAUUUAAUAUAAUAAUUCAAAUAAAAGCAUGAACAAAAGAUAAUGUUUUCGGUCAUUGAAAAAAAAAUAACAACCAGAAUGACGAAUAGAGUACAUGCAUGAAGUGCUUGAGAAACUAUUGGUCCUAAGCCAUAUAUUAUAGGGGAUAACUGAUUUGAGAUGGAAACCAUUAAACAGAUAAAAGAAGAAUUUCUCGUGUGUCCGAUCUGUAUCCAGCGAUACAGCAGCCCUAAACUGUUACCAUGUCUUCACACAUUCUGUAAAGAUUGUCUGGCUAAAUCUCUAAACAAACUGUUGGACGAUAGUCAACCGGAAGUAGUUAUAAGUGGCGAUGAAAACUGUAACGAGACUAGUAAAUGCUUCUCUUGUCCCGUAUGUCGAUCAGAAAUACAACUGGACAUUCCCAUUGGAAACAGAAAUGUUCAGCAAUGGGCAGAGGUUUUUCCGGAUAAUCAUUUUAUCGAAAGUUUAAUGGAGAAACUUGAUAUGCACUCAACAGAAAAACACUGUGAAUCUUGUAGUAUCGAAGGACAAUCACGUCGAAAUAAAGCUGAAAACUGGUGUCAGACAUGUAAAAUCGCGUUUUGUCAAUCUUGCAUCAAUGCGCAUAACGUCAUCAAAGCAUGUCGUGAGCACGUGGUAAUCUCUUUGGAAGACAUGCGCAGUAAUCCAAUGCAGUCGAUAUUGAGUACGAGAAAGGAUAUACCCUGUUCUUAUCAUAGAGACAAGAUAAUAGAGUUUUAUUGUGUCGAUUGUCAUGCUGCAAUUUGUUCUUCUUGUGUUGCAGUCCAACAUCGACGAUGUGAAAUGGUUGAAACUGUUUCAGACGCUGUUCAAAAACUUAAACCAGAAACUGAAUAUGUUUACAAAGAUUUACUGCGACAACGAGAAAUCCUAUCUGAGUGGGCAACUGAUCAUUCCAAAGAGUUGUCGGAACUUGCAGAUAACAAGACACACUUGAUUGCAGAACUAUCAGACGUUCGAUCGAAAAUAAACGAACUGUUACUAAAUCUAGAAAACAAACUGAUCGGCGAAUUAGAAGAGAAACAUAAAUCAACUAUGAAUGAAGUCGAUGUUAGGCUGAAGGAUGUUGACGAAAUGAAAAAGAACGUUGAAAAUACCGACAACUUAUUACAAAACUUGAUGAAAUUCGGAAGUGAUUCAGAAAUACUGUCUCUCUUUGAUACUAUAAAAGUUCAAGUCGAUGACAUGAGGUCUGCUAUCCAAAAGGCAAAACUAAACAAACUGAAUACGAGAUACAAAUUUUCCAUCGAUUCAUGUUUACAGCGAAUUCUCGAAAUGAAAUCGUUUGGUAGGAUUAUUGAUGUUGUAGAUUUAAACAAAGAAAAUUAUUUGAGUAUGAAUGGCUAUGAUGAGGACGAAAGUCAAAAUCGUACAGGUACCAUUAAAAGAACAGGUACAUUUAGAGUUGAAAAACCAUCAGGCAAAUCUUCAACUCCGACAAAUAGUUUGUCUUCGACGUCGAGUGAAUCGGUAAGUUCACAAGAAGCCGCUCCUGUUCCUCCUAGACGACGCAAUACUCCUAUGCGAGGUGUUCAUAAGGAUAAUGUGAAACCGAAUGAAAGGAUUGUACCUAACCGUGCCGGAACAUUACCGAGACAACCUAGAACACCGAGAUAUCCGAGUGUAUCUCGAGCAAAAUCGCACAGUAAUGCUGAUAUACGAGAGGAAAAAACAAACCGAGAUAGCAUUAAAUCUUCUGUUCGGAAUUUAAAUAACGAAAAUAGACGAGAUUCAGUGAGAACGUCAACACAACGAAAUGUUUUAUCGCCCGAAAGAAAAGUUGACUCUGAGAUUACUUCUCAGGGAAAUAUUUCCCGUACAUCGAGAACUUCAAUUAAACCACCAUUACCACCCGAGGCUACGGUUACGCCAUUUUCUCCACCUACUGGCAGACGAAAUAUAGAAAAGAAAGAACAAGGUAAUGUUGUAGCAUCAUCUGUAACAUCUAAAUCUCAACCAAGUCGCUCUAAAUCUAUAGAAGACGUGAUAGACGACACAAUACAUAUGCCUAAAACACAAAACCAAGAACAGAACAGAGACGAAGGCAUGUCACCAAAGAAGACCGAAAGUUUGAACAGUAGCAUACCAUCUGACAGUUUAAACGGUCAGUUACAACUGACCCCGGUAAAUUCAAAUGGAAAUCACAUAUCACCUAUCAAUACUGAACCACAACCGAACACACCGCCACGUCCACCAGUACCUGCUAAACCUGAUAUGCAAAAGUCAAAGAGUAUACCCUUGUUAUUUUCAUUUAACGGCAAGACGGAUGGAGAUUCAAAGAAAUGCUGGCCAAUCGAUAUCGCAGUUCUUGAAGACGGCACGCCGAUAAUUACAGAUUUUCACAAUAAGAAAAUUAAAGCAUUUGAUCCAAGCGGAUGUGUCGUGGGGGAGGCAUCAGUACCAAGUUGGCCUCACGGAAUAGUGGACAUAUCAAGUACAGAGUUAGUAGUCACACUUCCGGAACUUUCAACUCUCAUAUUUGUUAUACUAAAAGACGAAGUUAUGAGAAUACGGAAGAGAAUAAGAACUGCAAAACAAUACCGCGGAGUUGCAUGUGAUGCGUUCUCCGUUCCGGGAAAUCCUUGUAUUGUGGUCUCAUGUUGUUCCUCUGGUGGACAGUGUGUUGACGUAUUGACGGUAGAUGGCGCAAUUUUACAAACCUACCGCGAUGACUAUCGUCAACAUGGACGACUGUUGUUUACAUGGCCAUAUUAUAUAUGCACAAAUAAUCAAGGUGAAAUAGUUGUCUCUGAUUGUCAGUCAAGAAACAAUUUGAUAUGUCUAGGUAGAAACGGUAAAGCUAGGUACGAAGAAUCUAUGAAUGAGAGUGUAAUUAAAGAUCCACGAGGAAUGUGCACGGACAGACUCGGAAACGUUUUAAUCGCCGACAAAAAUGGUAACGCCAUUCAUAUGUUAGGGAUUGAUGGGAAAUACAAAUAUGUAGUGAUGACAUCCAAUGACGGUCUGGUUAGUCCUAUUGCCGUAUGUCUCAGUCCAUUUGGACAUCUCAUUGUAACACAAGAAAACGGAGACAUUAAAGUAUUCAAAUUUUGACAGGAAACGAACUUUAUAUGUCCUGCCCAAAAUAUUUGAAAAAUGUUUACACACAGAUCUCAAUUCGAAAAAGCUAUUCAAAAAUUGCUUAGUUUCUACACAGUAUUACGUCAGUGACAAAAGGGAAACAACUCCAAUGACUAUAAUUAUUAAGGCGGUUCAUUAAUUUAUUUUAUUGAUAGAAUACAAAAUGUUAUUUUACAAAGAUAAAAACCUUAAUAAUAGUCUUUCAAAGUAGCGCCAGUUCAUAUUGAUAUUAAUAUUCAUUG